CAUCGCCUUUCCAUGGCCGGAGAGGAGCCGCCAUUCUUUCCUCCACCGACUGAUGCUACAGUAUCAGAUGCUGAUAUGGAGAGGAAGAUCCUUUUUGAUUCAACGGCGAAGGUUUCCAGCAUCUUCAUGGAUUUCAUGAUCAAGGUUGCAAAGUUUGAGGAGCUAGUUGAUGUGGCAAAGCAGUUUCUUAUGAGAUUGCAUCAAGAGAUAGAAUACUUCAGAAGGCCGAAACUUGAUGGUACAUCAAAGAUUGUCGAUGAGAUAAUUAGAUCGAACUUCACUGAGAAAAUGAAGGCAUAUGUGGAAGCUGGGUGCAAUCACUCCUUUCAAAAUAUUCAAAAUAUCAGUCAGAUUCAAUCUUGCGAAGAAGGCCUCCGAGACCAUUUAAAGAAAGCGAAAACUCUGCUCGAUGAAGUCGAAUGCCUCGCCAAGGAUGCAUAUGGUAUUACACAAGCAACGAAUCAAAGCACCUCUAAAUUUUUUGAGAACGAUGAUUGCAACAGCUUGAUAGAUGAUGUUCUUCCUACUGAGCAGGAUGAAACUCGGCCUUUACAUCUUCAAGACAAUUUAAUUUUAUAUGUUACUACAAUGAUGGUUAUCUACGGCAUGUUGAAGCUUGACUAUGCCAUGCAGGAGAAAAUCGUUCAAUCUCUGAAUCUUAAGACAUCAUCAUCGGAGCUUGAGAGCUAUUGUCUUAUGUGGGAUUUGCGCCCCUAUAUAAACGACAGCGUUAUGCAUCGAGCUUGGAAGUACGUUCCGUGAUGUGCCGCACUGGAUUAAGAAGCUUUUGGUGUUAAGAAGAAGCCCAUCGGCUGUGGCUUCUAGAAUUGCUUCGCUACUCUGGAAAGCACUUCUGUGACAUCCGGUCGUUGAGAAGGUUUGGAGCCUUAAAAGUUGAAAUGAGUAACACUGCCACAAUAUCGGAGGCUCCUAUUUGAAACUUUUGUUGGUAGAUGAAAAAAGCUGGUCGUGUCAUGCUUCUCUGAAGAGCUCUACUUCGAACAACAUUUCUGUAAUGUACAAGAAAGAGUAAAAUGGAAUUUCUCAAAAGAUGGUAUAUAUGUUUGGCUGCGCUCAUUGGCUGUAAAGAUGUUGCAAUUUUUUCGCAAGUUGUUUUGAGUUAAUAUUCAGGGGAAAAGAUUUCGAGUUUUUUA